ACCUCGACGUUGAAGACUCGCCUUCCUCGGCCCGCCUAAGGUCCGCUUCUUCGUCUGGCUUGUGGGUGCUGUCUUCUUAACCUGGGACGAGGGGUCUGAAGUGACAAUAACGCUCAUUCAUUCAACAACUUGAGCAAUGGCAGCACAGGAUUUUAAUUUCUUGCUUGCGACGGAUUCUUACAAGAUCACACACUACAAACAGUAUCCUCCAAAUGUCAGCAAAAUCUACUCAUACUUUGAAUGCAGGCGCAAAAAAGGUUCACAGUUCAGUGAAGUGGUGUUCUUUGGACUUCAGUAUCUACUGAAAAAGUAUCUCACAGGCCCAGUGAUCACAGAGCAGAAGAUUCAGGAAGCCAAGCUUUUCUACCAGAUGCACUUUAAACAGGCUGUGUUCGAUGAAGAGGGCUGGAGGAAGUUACUCGAGAAACAUGAUGGCCGCCUCCCUAUCCGGAUCAAAGCUGUUCCUGAGGGCAGAAUCAUACCGAGAGGCAAUGUGCUCUUCACUGUGGAAAACACUGAUCCCAACUUCUACUGGCUCACCAACUACGUUGAGACCAUGCUGCUCCAGAUGUGGUAUCCCAUCACAGUAGCCACCAUAUCCAGGGAGUUUAAGAAGAUCCUUGCCAAACACCUUAAGGCUACCUCAGGGAGUCUGGAAGGCCUGGACCUGAAAUUGCAUGACUUUGGAUACAGAGGGGUGUCCUCACAGGAGUCUGCAGCAUUAGGUGGAGCAGCUCAUCUGGUUAAUUUCUGCAGUACAGACACAGUCGCCGGGCUGCUGAUGGCUCAACGAUAUUAUGGCUGUCCAAUGGCUGGCUUCUCCAUUCCAGCAGCUGAGCACAGUACCAUCAUUUCAUGGGGACGGAGCAGGGAGAAGGAGGCUUUUGAGCGAGUCCUAGACCAAUUCUCCUCUGGGCCAGUGUCAGUGGUCAGUGACAGCUACGACAUCUUUAACGCUUGUAAGCACAUCUGGGGAGACAAGUUAAAGGAACGAGUCAUGGAGCGCAGCCAGGACUCCUGUCUGGUCAUCCGUCCUGACUCCGGAGACCCGGCAGAGACUCUUAUUGAGGUCAUCAAGAUUUUGGAGGAGUGUUUUGGCUGCUCUCUGAACUCUAUGGGAUUCAAGGUGCUGCCCUCUUACUUGCGAAUCAUCCAAGGAGAUGGCAUUGACCUCAGCUCAGUAGAUGAG